AUGGAGGCCAACACCAUAUCACAAAUAUCAUGCGUAUCCCUUGGCAUGCUCAUUAUGGACGAGAUCCGAAUGCCCAACAAAUCACCCCUCCUCAACGUCAUCGGUGGCUCGUCUACAUUCGUCACUUUAGGCCUACGUCUCUUCGCUGGCUGCCCAUCAUCAGUGGGCUGUCUCAUCCUCGCGGGCUCAGACCUCCCUCCAGAGGUCGAGAACGAGGUGCGAAGCUGGGGUACAACACUCGUCCUGAAGAAGGAUGCUACAAAGCCAAGCUCGAGAGGCUUGUUGGUGUAUGAGGACGACACUUUCGGACCCAAGACCUUCGAGUACGUAACACCACCUAUACGAGCAAGUCCGAAAGGCCUGGAAGGGACGCCGUUACUAAAUGCGACGGCAUUCCAUUUCUUCGGCCGCCCGGAAGAAAUCAUAGAGCAGGUACCGCAGCUGCUCUACCUACGAGAGGAGCAGAGCCCCGAGCUGCCUCGACCGUUUAUUGUCUGGGAACCACUCCCGUCAUCAUGCACGCCCACCGCUAUCCCUGAUUUCCAUGCAGCCUGCAAACUUGUUGACGUCAUCUCGCCAAACCAUCUCGAGUUCGCAGCGCUAUUCUUUUGGGAUCGAGGACAUCAGUCCGAUGGCGCUGGCACAUUAGAGCGCCUCAAAAACCUAGGCAAAGUGUUUGUCGACAGCGGUAUCGGUCCAGAUGGCACCGGGACGAUGGUGAUCCGCGCCGGUGCUGACGGCGCUUUGGCACUGCGUCGCAAUGAGCCAGCUGUCCACGUUCCGGCGUACUAUGAGCACGGCGACGAGAAGGUGGUUGAUCCAACAGGCGCUGGGAAUGCAUUUCUGGGCGGAUAUAUUGCGGGGUGGCUACGCGAGGGCGAUGUCAGGGAGGCUCUGUGCUAUGGUGCUGUGGCUGCGAGUCUUGCGCUGGAGCAGAUUGGGUUGCCGAGGAGGGGGGAUGUGAAUGCGGGGUUGGGUGAGGAGAGGUUGGAGGAGUUUAGGGCGCGGAUGGAGAAUGCGGAAUGGACAGAUGAUGCAUAG